UUCGCCAUCACCUUCUUUUUCACCAUCUUCUUCCAUCUCGAAAGUCACCCGUGUUUGCCUACAAUGGACACGACCACCCCUGAUUGGACCAGUCUUCCAGACCACCUUCUCGCUUCCAUCGCAGGUCAUCUCCCCACGCGAAUCGAUAAUCUUCGUUGUCGCGCCGUUUGUAAAUCAUCUCGCUCCUCAAUUCCUUCUCCGCCCAAACCUCUAUCUCCACACGCUAACCUUAAAAUCUCCAUGCCAUCACUUCCAGUUCCAGGCUGCCGCGGACAUUUGGUGCUCGCCGAGUUCACUUUUUAUGCCAUCAAACCCCUUCCCAGUAUCUUUAAUCCACACCAAACUACGUAUACAUGGUUAGUCAAAAGCGAGGAAUUGCACUCUGGCAAAGUUCGAUUAGAGGAUCCGCUUUCUAGAAGUCGUCUUGGAAACUUGUCCAACAAGGUACUCGAGUGUGAAAAGUUACCCCAGUCUUUGUACUUGUUGAAUUAUCGGGUCAAGGAAGUAGCUAAAUCUUAUAGACUUGAACAAGUUUAUCAAGGUAAAGGUAUUAAAAGAAGGAAGCCUGUUGUUUUCGGAAAGGCGGUUGCGUCUUGCCAUGAUGAAAAAGAUGAUGGGUUCGCCGUUAUGACGAUAAUAAAAGGAAUGGUGCUGGUUUGGAGAAAUGUAGACAAGAAAUGGACUAGAAUAGACAUGGAUCAUGCUUAUUUUCAUGAUAUAAUUUAUCAUAAUGAAAAGUUCUUUGCUGUGAUGUUCCAUGGUAUUACUGUAACUGUGGACUCUAAGUCUUUGACUGUUUCUCAAGUUGCUGGUCCACAGCAGCUUCAUCGUUUCUGGGUUUGGCCGUACUUAAUAAAGUCCUCCCUGGAUUUGUUUAUGAUUAUGCAGAGCUGGCAUCGGCGAAAUCAACAAUUUGAAUUCAAGGUUUAUAAGUUUGACGAAGAGAAACGUGAGUGGGUUGAGGUGAUGGAUGGAUUGGACGAUUCAGUGUUUUUUGUUGGUGAUGAUGAUUCAUUCUCUCUUUCUGCUAAAGAGUUCCCAGGAUGUAAAGGGAAUUGUGUUUAUUUCAAAGAAGCUGAUCCCUUUAAAGUUUCUGAUUGCCACCCCGGAACCGAUGGUUGGAUUUUUGACUUGAAGGAUGGAACAGUUGGAGGCCUCUCUGCUUUUCCAGGCUAUUCUAACAUCUUUCGGCCUAGACCAACUUGGGUGGAGUAGUGAUUCACCUUCCGAAUUGCUUAAAUUUUAAUUCAAAACGUAUAGCAGAGCCUGUGGUCUUUCACCGGCAGUUGAUGAAGACAAAGCAAGAAGUGCAUUACAGAUUUGUCUUUAUAUUGUAUUACUGUAAUUUAUGUAAAUGUUAAUUUCAUUUAUAAUUUAAUGUUUUAUUUCCAAGUAGGAUUUUGGAAGCAUAAAGCUGCUUAGUAAUUGUUUACGCACUGAAUUCUUGUGUGGCUUGGUGAAGAGUUGUCCUUUGUGAUAAACAGUCUCUUAAUUAAGCUUUCAAUGAAGCCGUUUUCACUA